AUGUUUGCUCCAGGUGUGACUCCACGUGUUUCCAAACCCCCCGUUGUCCGAGUACCGACGCUGGAGCCCUCGGCGUCGUCGUCGUUGCCGUUGUUUACAGGGACCCGCAUGCUUCGGGGCAAGUUACAAGAGCGGCACAUGCAGGGGGGGGGCACCCUGAGCGAUUACUACCGAUCACGGCAUGCGGGCAGGGAUCAGCAAAGCCCUUGCCAUACUGAUCCACUGGGGGAGCUGGAAGGCUCCGCAAACCGUGUGCAGAUUGAGGAGCUUUUGCGCGGCAUUCAUGAGACAAGCACCGCUGCGGCCGCUGCAGUGGAGGAACUGACGGCAAAUUCGCCUCCACCUCGCCAGAUAAGGCCAUCACUGCAGCAAAGACCAUGCGAGGUGGAGCAACGACGAAGCGCGUCGCCAGAUCGGCCACACAUGACACGGUCAAGCCCCAUGAAACGGACACCAAGAGGUGAAUCGCCAGCACGUCCUGCUUGGAACCAAAACCGCCCAACUCCCCGUGUGAAACCUACUGUAAGUGCUCCACGAACGGAGCCGCGACGGGUGACACGUGGCGCAAGCGUUGAGAAUCGUAGUCGGCCGUGGGUUGAGGGUAUCAAACGGACACCCAGCUCAAAAGAGAAGCGGACGGCGGCGAAGGAAACGGAUCAUUCAAAAGGGACUCCUCUGACUCAAUCUCAACCCUCCCGUAAAUUGCUGUCUUCGGCGAGAGCAGCGUUUUCUGCGGGGGUGACGUCCCCACGGACGAUGUUCGGCGAAGCAAGAGGGGUUAGCACGGGAAAGGGUGAAGCGGCGUUGCAGCCUCGCUUGGGAUUGUUGGAGAAAUCACUACAAGAUGUUCAUCAACGGGCUGUGCGGGCAGAAGCACGCUGUGAAGAGUUGGAGGUCACUUUGCAGGUACUGCAAAUGGAACACCGUGACACACUCUCGAGGCUGGAGGAACGAAACGCGCAGUUGAAUGCUCAGGUGCAGUACGUGCUGCAGUGGGUUGAACAUUUUGGGGCGACACGUGUCGCGAGAGAGGUUUUUGCGCAGGAGAUUGGGGCGGGACAGGCAACGGAUGGCGGAGGUGUUGAGGUCCCUGUCACGAGUCUUUCGACUAGCAAGGACGGCGGUGGCUCAUCGGAGAUGCACACAAGCGUGAAGUCUGCAGACUCCACAGGGAUUGAAAAGGCUCUUAAGGCCACACCGAUACGAGUACCACCCGCCCCGCCUAUGACGCUUCAACUUCAACAUCGGUAG